AAUAGUAAAUAAACUUCAAGUACCAAUAAAUUGAAAACACAAUUUCACUUUUACUAAUGUUACAAACAAAACAUAACAUAAAAAGUUAAUAAUAUCAUAUAAAAUUAUUAAAAAACAUGUCGAAACACAUUAAUAAUAACACAAACGAAUACCUAACAAUGAAAAAUCUCAAACCCAUGCAAUGAAAAGCCCUAAUGAUGAUUCAAUUUAUAAAUAUUGAUAAUGUCAUUACAAAAUGUUAAUACUUAAUACUAAUCAGAAGUUGCCAAGAUGUGAGAGAGGAAUUUCAAAUUUCCAUUUUAGAAAAAGAAAAUUAUUAAAUUCGGACUUUAUUAAAUAUUAAAUAAAAUUAUUUCAUAUUUCUUUUUAAUUAUAAUGUAGAGAGAUGGUUAUGGAGAAAAUCAUGGGAGGAGAGAGAAAGAGAAUCAUUAAUUAAUUAUAUUAAUUUUAAUUAUAUUUGCAUAACUCUAUUUACUCUUAACUACCUAUUAACUACUAACCCCUAUUAACUACCUAAUCCACUAUAAGCCAAUAGGAAGACUUUAAUGUUUUCCUUAAGAAAUGAGGCUUAAGGACUUGAACUCAAGCCCUCAUCGCCCCAUUCAAGGUCGGCAGUGGAAAAGAAUCAACCGGGCCGAAUCGGUCUGGGUCGUUGGGCUGGUAGCUGGGUCGAACUGGGCUUAAAGUUGGGUUUCUGUGUGGACCUAUGUUGGGCCGACUUUGUGCUUAGACCUUGGCUUCUUCAUAUCUGGGCCGAAUCUGUGGAUCUGGAAUCUGGGGUUGAACUGACUGUUUUUUUUUUCUUUUGUUGCAGGUCCAUGGUUUAUAAAAGAGUGGUCUCCAAAUCAAGUGUUAAUUUUCAACCUUGUUUAAGUACAUGUGAACCAACUAUGCAAUAUUAAUUAGAACAUUUGAUUUCAUUAUGAAAUGUAAUCUUCAUCUAAUAAUAAAGUUUUGCUCUCAUUAUCCAAUUUGACCAUUUUAUUAAAAUUAAAUCCUAACCCAAACCUGAAGCGACCUUUAUGAGUUCAAUUCCAAACAUCAUUAUUAGAUGUCAUUCUAGCAUUAACAUCUGCUAAUUUCAAAUUUUGGCUCUCAACUACGAAUCAAAUAAAAGUGAACUUGAUAAUUAUUGGUACUUAUUGACUCGUCACUGCUAGUCUCGAUCAAUUUUAUCCAAACUCCGAUAUCAAUUUUUUGUUGUAUUUUACUUUUUUUGCGUUUUAAGUAGAAUAUUUAUCCCGAACAAAAUGUGGUAUUUACAAACUCACCAAUAAUAAUAAAUAAAUAACAAUAAAGACUCAUGCACGUUUGAUGAAGCACCAACCCACACCAUCAACAGUUUCUGGUGGGUCAUGCGUAUUUGACAUUUUCUCAUUCACUUCUAUGAAAGAAAGAAAAAUCCUUCCUAAUAUAUAAACGUGAAGGAAGUUGGCAUUCAUCCUCACAAGAUUCCAACUUCUCUUCUACACACAAUACCACUUCCAUCUGCACUAGUGCAUUCUACUUCUCUUUCCCCAUAGCAAGUGAUCAAUCUUCUCCACCAUUGAGAGAGGUGAGAGACGAAAAUUGUCCAGGCUGCCAGAUAGACAAAAUUAAAGCAACGAAAACGGGCUGGCCUCUUCGAGAAAUCGUUAUCAUAUGGAGCCUCGUCUUGUGCACAAGUAAACUAGCUAGCCACUUUCAUCUUUGUAGUUAGCAUUUAUAAAUGCUAUUGCUCUUACUAAGAACUGUUGUUUGUAUGUUUGCAGCGCUGCCGAUAUCUUCUCUUUUUCCCUACCUGUAUUUCAUGGUUAGGGACUUCAAUGUGGCACAACAUGAAGAAGAUAUAGGUUACUAUGCUGGAUAUGUUGGUUCCUCUUUCAUGCUGGCCAGAUCAGUGACUUCUGUUAUCUGGGGUCUCAUUGCCGAUCGCUACGGCCGGAAACGUGUGCUACUGCUGGGGACCUCGGCAAUGGUUGUUGCCAACAUUCUGUUUGGGCUUAGUGUGAACUUUUGGAUGGCGGUGUCCAUGAGGGCUCUUCUUGGCUGUCUAAAUGGUUUAAUUGGAACGACAAAGGCAUAUGCAAGUGAGAUUUUCAGAGAAGAUCAACAAGCCCUGGCUUUGUCCACAGUUAGCACAGCAUGGGGGUAUUGGAUUGGUCAUUGGCCCUGCUCUGGGGGGUUUCCUGGCUCAGCAGAAAAGUACCCAAAUCUGUUCCCCCAGGACAAUCUGUUUGGGAGAUUCCCCUACUUAUUACCCUCCCUUGCUAUAUCAAUCAUCACUCUGGCAGUAACCAUUGCGUCGUUGUGGAUUCCGGAAACAUUGCACUUCCACAAUGAAGAAAGGACUUCAAUAGAUGACCCUUGUGAAGCUCCGGAAACUGCUGAUGCAUCUGGUGGUGAUGGUGAUGGAAACAGAGCAGCUGCAGAGCAAAGCCUCUUAAGGAAUUGGCCUCUGAUGUCGGCUAUCAUUGUUUACUGCGUCUUCUCACUCCAUGACAUGGCCUACUCGGAGAUAUUCUCAUUGUGGGCUGUGAGCCCCCGAAAGUUGGGUGGUCUCGGGUACUCAACGACAAAUGUGGGGGAAGUUCUCUCUGUCUCAGGUCUAGGCCUUCUCCUUCUCCAACUUUCUCUAUAUCCAUACAUGGAGAAGCGUCUUGGACCUGUCAUGGUGUCCCGUCUUGUUGGGUUCGAGGGUUUUACUCUCAAUCUGCUGUUGAAUUGUGCAUCUCUGUUGAAGAAUAUUUUAGCGGUGUCCAUUUCAACGGGCUUAUCGAUUCUCCAAAACAAGGCAGUGGACCAACACCAGAGAGGAGCGGCUAAUGGCAUUGCUAUGACAGCGAUGUCACUUUUCAUAGCUAUUGGUCCUGCUGGAGGGGGUGCUUUACUCUCUUGGGCAGAAUCACGCCAGGAUGCUGCUUUCCUACCAGGGACCCAGUUGGUUUUCUUCACCCUGAUUCUAGUGGAAGCAGUUGGAGUAUUACUAACAUUCAAGCCAUUCUUAGCCCAACGCCAAAAGAAGGAGUAGCCAAGAAGAAACCAACUGAUCAUCCAUAUUACCAACACCGCCUAGCAUGUAGCCUUGUUAGUGAUGAUGUGUAUUUCUUACAAUGAGAUGUUGGAAGGAAUUUGAUAUCAGUGAAAUAAACAAAACGCAACGCGAAUACUUAUAAUUAGUUAUGAUGUGUGUUUGCAAUGUUUUAUAUCUCCUCGCUCAGCAUCGAUCAAAACAAAUUCAUUUUGCUUUUUCCCCUUCAUUUUAGUCAACUAAAUGAAUAUAAAAAUUGGUAUUUUGUGAAAAAUGUGAAUAUUUUAAGUCAAAAUAUGUUUAUUGGCCAGUGACAUGGUGGGUUUUUCGCUAAUCAACAGUGUUGACUGUCCAACAUAUAUACCGAUUAACUCUUGGAGGCCAACUAAGUAAACUUUAAGAUUUGUUCAGCCCAUAAUGUUAAAUAGUGAAAAGAUUGCCCAGGAUGUUAAAGAUGAGAAAAGUUUGGACCAGGCAAAAAUAUUAACCUUUUUAAGUGGGUUUAUAUUGACAAGGCGGUUACAUGACGGGUUGACCGUUAGUCAGUGGUGUUCACCGUUAAUUUGAAUGGUUAACACUUGGUUUAGACCAAAUCAAUAAUUUACUAUAAUAAUUCGAGUCAUAAUAGGCAUUUCUGAAAAGAAUGAUCAGAAUAAUAAUUUUGGAAAAGAUGGGACCAAACAAAUCAAAUAACCUUUUAGAUUACAAUCACAUACUAUUUUUAGAAGAUUUUUUUUGCUUCUUAUAAGAAUUCUCAUGAUUUUUCCUACUCUGCAUGUAAAACAUUUGUACCAACUUAUUUGAGUUACUAUUAAAUAUUAAUGCAUCUAAUGAAGUAGGUGAAUGUUAAUUCCUUUUAAUAAAGUAUCUACUAUAUCCUCAUCUAACACACAGUAGUAUUCAUAGUAAAAAAAACACAGUCAUAUUCCAUUUGAUCGUAUGGUUUUGCUUGGGUUAACUUUGUUUGUUUUAAGAGAACUCAUAAUAUCAAAACAAAUCCUGAAUUUUGCAAUAGAAAGUUGACAGCGGUGAACAGAAUUGCUAAUUCAUUAGUUAGUGAAAACAUAGGUGACCUAUUUGCUAAAAUUAAAACAUAGUGGAUCGAUUUCUGAGUAAGCCCAAACAUAAAUGACCUUUUAGGCUUUUACGCUAUGCAUGUAAAACAUUUGUACCAACUUAUUUGAGUUAUUAUUAAAUAUUAAUGCAUCUAAUGAAGCAGGUGAAUGUUAAUUCCUUUUAAUAAAGUAUCUACUAUAUCCUCAUCUAACACACAGUAGUAUUCAUAGUAAAAAAAACACAGUCAUAUUCCAUUUGAUCGUAUGGUUUUGCUUGGGUUAACUUUGUUUGUUUUAAGAGAACUCAUAAUAUCAAAACAAAUCCUGAAUUUUGCAAUAGAAAGUUGACAGCGGUGAACAGAAUUGCUAAUUCAUUAGUUAGUGAAAACAUAGGUGACCUAUUUGCUAAAAUUAAAACAUAGUGGAUCGAUUUCUGAGUAAGCCCAAACAUAAAUGACCUUUUAGGCUUUUACGCUAUGCAUGUAAAACAUUUGUACCAACUUAUUUGAGUUAUUAUUAAAUAUUAAUGCAUCUAAUGAAGCAGGUGAAUGUUAAUUCCUUUUAAUAAAGUAUCUACUAUAUCCUCAUCUAACACACAGUAGUAUUCAUAGUAAAAAAAACAGAGUCAUAUUCCAUUUGAUCGUAUGGUUUUGCUUGGGUUAACUUUGUUUGUUUUAAGAGAACUCAUAAUAUCAAAACAAAUCCUGAAUUUUGCAAUAGAAAGUUGACCGCGGUGAACAGAAUUGCUAAUUCAUUAGUUAGUGAAAACAUGAGUGACCUAUUUGUUAAAAUUAAAACAUAGUGGAUCGAUUUCUGAGUAAGCCCAAACAUAAAUGACCUUUUAGGCUUUUAUGCUAUGCAAUGCAGCUUCUGACACUAGGCCUUAAACUUCUAUAGCUCAACAGCUCAUCUCGUAAUAGUGGGCUGCAUUUUGCCCAUGAGGCCCAAAACUUUAAGAAGAAAACAAAUAACGUAGUGGGCUGCAUUUUGUCCUUGAGGUCUACAGACUGAAGAAUUCAAGGCCCAACGGUGGAAAAAGAAUUCAAUAACUAGAGGUUUGCUGAGAGUGGGAUUUGAACCCACGCCCUUUCGGACCGGGAAAGGGUCUGGCGCCUUAGACCAACUCGGCCAUCUCAACUUAAUUGUUAAAUUGAUCUCAAUGUUUUAAUAUUAUUAUUAGACGACAUAAGUUCCAAACCUUGAGAUGAAAUAGUUUGAUGUAUUCAAUAGGGAGCAUAUAGAUGUGUGAGUCCAGGAACAGGAGGUACAAUAUAUAAGAUAGGGAGUGUAUGAGUAGAUAUUUAGUAAAUACUCUGUUUAAUACACGUAUAUGUACCAGUAUAUACUUUAUUCGUUUAAAACUUCUGUAUCUGUAUUAUUGACAAAUCGUUUCAUUUUUCUCGUUCAUUUGAUGGCUCCCGUACUAAACACGUAUAACCCAUAUAACGUUUAUUAUCAGUAUUUUACGAAUUAAAUUGUUAACUUUACUAUUAUUUAUUUAUUUAUUUUUAAAAUAAUUAAUUUUAUAUAUUUAUGACUAUUAACGUACUAUCAAACAUGUAACUUUAGCUAAGAGACGAAGUAUAAUUCCCGUAUAUAUUUUUUACGUAACUUUCUCGUACAGUAUUUUACUAACUAUGAUGAGUAGUGUGGCUAUGGUAGGUUGAGUUGAGGGGUGAAAUGAGUUAUUAACAAUUAUGAAUUAUUGUAAGUUGAGUUAGAAUUACGAAUUGAUUCAUAAAUGAUUAUGAAUUAGCGUGAAUACUAUUAUUUUGGAUCGUUGAUUAAUAAUUUGGAUAAAUAUUGUUUCAACAAAAGUACAAUGUAAUUUUACGCUAUUGAAGCUUGCUACUGGACAAACAUAAUAUUUCUUCAUUCUCUUUAAUGGCUUAUCAACAUUGAAUUUCCCUAUAUAUGAACUAGAUCGGGCCCAUCCGUUGGCCGAAUAAAUUACAUAAAUAAUAUAAAAGAUAGUAGUAUUUGUCCAAAUCAAAAUACGUUUUUAUUUGGUACCAUGAAAAAAUCUACACUAUUUAAUUACUAAUAGUAUAAAUUGGGAACACACAUGAUAAGUUUUCUUAUAUCCUGAUCAUUCGUGGACAACAAUCUUGAACAAAGGUUUUACAAACCUUAUGCAGGGAAUCAAUUCCUAAGAAAAUUAAUAAGACUGU